AAAAGUAUUUGAGUUAUAAUAAAGGUUAUCGUGAUAUAUAAGUGAUUUUUAAUAACAAGAUGCGUUCCGUGACUCUUAAGGAUGUCGAACAAGACAAGGUCGUCAAGACCGUGGCUGCUCACUUGAAAAAGACGGGCAAAGUUAAGGUUCCAGAGCAUAUGGAUCUGGUGAAGACUGGUCGCUUCAAAGAGUUGGCACCUUAUGAUCCUGAUUGGUUCUAUGUUCGUUGUGCCGCUGUCCUGCGUCAUGUUUACAUUCGUUCACCAGUCGGAGUAAAAACUGUUACUAAAAUAUUUGGAGGCCGUAAACGUAAUGGAGUAACCCCAUCACACUUCUGCAGAUCAUCAGGUAGCAUUGCUAGGAAGGCUCUGCAGGCCCUCGAAGCCUUGAAGUUGGUGGAGAAAGUGCCAGACGGUGGCCGCAUUCUCACCGUCCAGGGUAGACGCGAUCUCGAUAGAAUCGCUGCACAAGUCCGCCAAAAAGCCAGGCAGCAGGCUAAGCAGAGUGUGAUUGUAUUGUAAUUAUAUGAUAAAUAAAAACUAAAAAUAAACUA